ACAAAAGGUUUAACGAAUAAUCAUAACUGCAAGGCAUUUUUUAUUGAGUACGCUUUUGUAUAUUUGGUGAUCUAAACUAAAAGUAAUUUAUUCAAACACAUAAUUUCUCGACAUGAACGACCAGCCGACUGAAUGUGGUGCGGAAUUUGGUCCUGUUGAAUGUACCCCAAUCCGCAAGAAAUCCUAUUGUUGCAAUGUCUGCGGUAAGGGCUUCAUGAGUAACAGUCACCUUACGCUCCACUUUCGAACCCAUACGGGAGAGAGACCCUUCAAAUGUGAACACUGUGGUAAGGAUUUUAGCAACAACGGUAAUCUCAAAAUACAUUUACGGAUACACACCGGCGAACGGCCACACGUUUGCGAGCAGUGCGGCAGUGGCUUUAUGCUAAAGUACCAAUUAACUUACCAUAGGAAACUGCACAUUGACGAAAAACCGUUCAAAUGCGAUCAUUGUGAAAAAACAUUCUCACAUAUUGGUAGCCUUAGUCUGCACAAACGUAGCCACUCGAACGGAAAGGAAUACGAAUGUGACUUCUGCGGUAAGCUUUUCACUACCAAUGCGAGUCUGACUCAGCACGUUCGCACUCACACCGGCGAAAGGCCAUUUAAGUGCGACUUAUGUGAUAAAUCAUUCACCGGAAGUAGCGAUCUGAAGAAGCAUCGACAGAUCCAUACCGGUGAAAAAUCGUUCAAAUGUAGUGAAUGCGGAAAGCAAUUCAUUUCUAGUAGCGCUUUAACAAAACACAUUCGAACCCAUACGGGAGAACGGCCGUAUGGAUGUGAAUUCUGUGGUAAGUCGUUUUCAGGUAAAGGCAGUCUGAUCCAUCAUAAACGCAUUCACACCGGAGUUAAACCCUACCAGUGUGACAUCUGCAGUAGGCAGUUCGCUGCCAACAGUACAAUGAAAACCCAUCGACGCAUUCAUACGGGCGAAAGACGGCACAGUUGUGGUGUCUGUGGGAAAGACUACAUCACCAACAGUAGUCUUACCCAGCACAUGAUGCUUCACACUCGGCAGAGCCGACUUCAGUGUGAUAUUUGUGGUAAAACCUACAAUCGUUCUCCCCAUCUCGUUAGGCAUAAGAAAACUGCAGAUUUUUCUUCUCUAUAUUUAAGCCAUCGUUUCGACAGCUCGAUGAUAGGUCUGAGUGGCAUAUUAACAAGCUCGGAGCUUGAUAAAAUCACCAGAUUUAUAAAUUUUCUCGAUAUGAACGACCAGCCGACUGAAGAUGGCAUAAAACUUGGUCCUGUUGAAAGUUCCCCAACCGGCAGGAGAUCCUAUUGUUGCAAUAUCUGCGGCAAGAGCCUCACUAGUAACAGUCACCUUACGCACCACAUUCGGAUCCAUACGGGAGAGAGGCCCUUCAAAUGUGAACACUGUGGUAAGGAUUUUAGUAAAAACAGUGAUCUCAAAAUACAUGUACGGAUACACACCGGCGAACGGCCACACGUUUGCGAGCAGUGUGGAAGUAGCUUUAUACGAAAGUACCAAUUAACAAACCAUAGGAAACUGCACAUUGACGAAAAACCGUUUAAAUGUGAUCAUUGUGAAAAAGUAUUCUCACAUGUUGGUAGUCUUAUUCUGCACAAGCGUAGCCACUCGAACGGAAAGGAAUACGAAUGUGACUUCUGCGGUAAGCUUUUCACUACCAAUGGGAGUCUGACUCAGCACGUUCGCAUUCACACCGGUGAAAGGCCGUUUGAAUGCGACUUAUGUGAUAAAUCAUUCAGCGGAAGUAGCGCCCUAAAGAAGCAUCGACAGAUCCAUACCGGAGAAAAAUCGUUCGAAUGUAAUGAAUGCGGAAAGCAAUUUAUUUCUAGUAGCACUUUAACAAAACACAUUCGAACCCAUACGGGAGAACGGCCGUAUGGAUGUGAAUUCUGUGGUAAGUCGUUUUCAGAUAGCAGCAGUCUGGUCCAUCACAAACGCAUCCACACCGGAGUUAAACCCUACCAGUGUGACAUCUGCAGUAAGCAGUUCAUUGCCAGCAGUACGAUGAAAAACCAUCGACGGAUUCAUACAGGCGAAAGACGACACCGUUGUGGUGUCUGUGGGAAAGAAUACAUCACCAGCAGUAAUCUUACCCAGCACAUGCUGCUUCACACUCGGCAGAGCCCACCUCAGUGCGAUGUUUGUGGUAAAACUUACAACCGUACUCACCAUCUUGCUAGGCAUAAGAAAACGCAUGAAAAGAAUACUUGA